UCUGAUGCUUCUCCGCUGCUUUCAUUAUGAGUACAUUGGGCGCAUGUGUUAACUCAACAACGUAGCCAAUGCAACCCAGUCCAAAUACUGUGGAGUCACAGUGCUGUGACUCAGUGCUGUGACUCAGUGCGCCUCAGCUGACAGGUCACCACACCUCUUCAUGUAAAGAGUAAAGCAGGUGCAUCGUGACAAGGACCCGAAUCAACAAAAAAAAUGUCUAUUACAAGCAGCCUCAUAGAAGGUGGCCCUCAUUUGGAAAUCACUGCCUGUGCAAGGUUUAUAAGGAGAGUGUGACCAAACAGCAGAGAGCAACAGAAGAAAGAUGCACUGCUCAUACAGAAACUCAAACACCCCAGUUUGAGCCCUGCCUCGUCUGAUUUGCCUGAGACCAAAGACCACACUGGUGGCAUUUCCUUUCAAACCAAAGUUGACUGACAUCUGACAGCAGCCACAGCAGAGUGUGAGCAGACGGGCCUGGGGUUUGUGUGACUCCACUGAUUUCUCUGCCUGUGAAGUGUGCUGGGCAGUGCUCUUCUGUGCGCUGCCUGUGCUACUUGGCGCCUGUGACCCACAGCUGGAAGAUACAAAGAGACAAAGACUGAGAGAGGCCGCUACAGUCAUGAGGCUUUCCCUUGUAUCAGCUCCACAGCAUUACUCUUGAGUCUUUGCUCUGGUGCCAGAUCAGUGGUUCACAAUGAGGGUGAAGAGAUGAGCCUGCCGCAAGCAGCCCUGUCCCUGCAGUUCCUGCCACUGGAUGUUUAUUAAUUCAUACAACCCAGAAGAGAUGCCCCUGUCUCCCAGAUAGCACUUCUGAGGACCAGGCCUUUACAGCACGCAUUGUGCACCAUGGCAGGAGAGACUCAGCGAAUGCAUGCUGUCAAAGAGCUGGACACUGAGUCCAAACUGCAGGAUGAGGGGACGGAGCUGGAACAGCAGAGUGACAAAACCACACAGGAGUCUUCAGAGCACUUUUCAAGCACAGGCACUGGGGCCAGAGCCAGCAACAGAGGGGCCAAAGUUGACAAGCUAGAGAAACAAAGAGACUGUCCACAGCAGCGUGAGGCUGUCAUUCGGCCACAGCAGACAGGGAGGAUUGACUUUAGAUCACUGCAGAAUAGUUCAAAAUUUCCCACUAACAGGACUUGGUCAAGUGGCAAAGGCAGCCCCCAGUCCCCGAGUGGAAAGGGCCGCAGCCGAGAGAAGGGGAAGCGGUCAGCAAAGACAGAGCGUGGCAACCCGCAGCAGCUGUACAGACUUAGCAUCACAAAUUCACGCUCCAACCCCACCAUUGGUAUUGCCUACCCACAGCAGAAGGUUUCGCCACCCAAGAAGCUGGAGACCAGUUGUGGCCCAGUCUUGGGCAGCUACAGAUUCCACGUUCCCAGCAUACCAGAGAGAGAGGCUGAGCUACAGCAGGAAGAGCUCACCUACAGCCACUGCUUCCAGGAGGCUUCCUCUAACCUUACCUCCUCAAGUUAUACCUCACAGGCACUGGGUUCCUCCAGUGGAACGUCAGCCCAUCCACAUCCACCCCUGUCACAGCAGCAGCCUGCCUCAAUGGAAAACAAUAGUACCCAGCCUGGCAGCCAGCUGAUCCUGGCUGACUUUCAGCUGAGUGGUUCUAAUGCAUGGCAGUCUCCUGAAAGGACUUUUAAUGGUGCUAACUAUGGGGUUUCAUCACAAAAAUCCACUUCCCUUGCAGAACCCAAUAAGGCCUUUGUGUCUGUUCCCGUUCAACAUGGAUAUCAUUUUCUGGAAGAAUCAACCUCUGACUCUUUUCCCUGUGAACAGAACCCCCAAUCCCAAGACUUUACAGACUCUACCCUAAAUUCUGUUCAUGUGACCCACAGCUCCUUUUCCUUUACCCCAGGUGAAGGGCAAAGCAUCAGUCAGAACAGCACUCAGUUUAAUAAUGAGCAGCAACCAGAGGAUAGAAGCUCUUAUCCUCACCCCCCACAGUCACCGUUUAUUCAAGGAGUAGCAUCCUCCAUCCAGUGUCCUAGGAAUCUGAGUGAGGACUCAGCCAGCAGUGACAGCUCUGCCUCCAGCUCACAACAGUCAGAGCAGGGAAGAAGUGCCUUGCCUGAAAGCACAGACACUACUGGACAGGCAGACAAUAGGGAUGCAGCCAUCACCUCGGGGUCUAACUGUCACACCAAAGACACAGAUUCCAACCAAAGAACACUCAUACAAGGAAGUGUGCACAAUGCAAGAACUAUUUCCCAGAGUCCAGGCUCCCAAGUGCACUUUACAAGUAAAACGUUUAACAGCCCUCCAGUCAGUAACAUACACACAGUCUCAAUACCUUUUGACAAAAACUUUAAUAAUAAGGUUCUAAAUAGGUUACCACACUCCUGGGAGGGUCCAAAUAAAACAUAUUCACCAGGUGAUCAAAAUACAAUUCAGUAUACUGACAUGAAUGAUAGGUUUCAGUUUCAGAACCAGCCAGCACUUGACCAACGGCCAAAUUCAUCAAAGAAUAGCAGAAUGCCCUGGCAGCAGAUACGGCCAACUGUGCCAAACCAAAACAGAAUCGAGUUAUCUCGGCAGGUAAGCAGCCAAAAAUUGGCUUACAUGGUUUCCCCCUCUGACUGGCAGGAUGAUAGUAAAUCACAUAAACACAGUUCAAUGAAAAACUCCAGCUUAUUUCAGAACAGCAGAACUAGUGAUGGGUUUUCAAACCAAAGACAAGAGACUGCAAAACAUAGCAAUAACACAGUCUCAACUUUUAAAGUAGAUAUGAACCACAAAAAUAAGGCAGUAUACUUUGGACUCAACCAGUCUCUUCCAGCACCAACAAAAAACUACAGCUAUCCACCAUUACAGGUCCCACCUAUGGGACUCAUGAUGGUGUCACCUUACGAAUCCCCUUUACCCUCCCCAGUUCAUAAUCCCCCAUCUAGUAGCACCUGCUCUUCUCUCUCCCCAUCAUCCACCAGCCCUGUUAACAUCAGUUCAGAGGACAGUCAAGUGUCAAAGUCAACACCCCCUAACACAUUUUUUCACCAGCUCCAACCCAAAAAUCAGUUACCUUCAGAUCACCUGAGCUCUCAUCCUCACCAGUUUCAUUCUGAUGCUUCACGACACCUUACUUAUGCACCAGACAAAGUCAAAGAUGACAUGAUUAGCUACCUGCAAAACAGCACACAUCCAAAGACAGCUAUGGAUGGAAACAAAGAUUACAUGGACAGCUUUGGGGUGGAGCAUCACCAGCCUCCACCAUCAUACUCUGCCCAUCAGUUGUUAGCCACAUCUUAUCUUGACCAGUUAGACAUGCUUUUGACAUGCAAGCAGUGUGAUCAGAAUUUCAGUAACCUGGUUUCAUUUCUAGGCCAUAAGCAAUACUGUACUCAACACACAUUUUCACAAAAUGACCUCAAAGACAUAUCAAAGAUGGAGGACAGCAGAAAAUUUCACGCAGAACCAGCAAAAGCAGUGCCGUCUGUAUCCAAUGUUUCAAUGUCUAGGUGCCCAUCUGACCUUCACUUAACUUUGUUGGGCCUCAAUAAAAAUGGAGAGCUGAUAUCUGACUGUGAAACAAAAGGAGACAGUAAAGAUGAUCCCAUGAAACUCAGCUUGUUUUCUGGCUCUGGUAACCUCCCUGUUCCUCUCCCUGAGUUGGAAAUGGAGGAUGCCAAAUUAGACAGCCUAAUCACAGAAGCCUUAAAUGGGCUGGGCUAUCAGUCAGACAAUGGAGAGAUAGACAGCAGCUUUAUUGAUGCAUUUGCUGAUGAUGACCUCACCACUGUCAAAGCUACAUCAAACAAACAGUGUCUGAAAACCAAAGAAUCCCUGGUCUUUGAGAGCAAGAACAAAGAAGGAGACGAUGACAAGUCCUUCACACAGAACAAGGGUUUCUAUGACUCAGAUAUUGAGAGCCCUGUGACAGAUAAACAGCACACCAAAAGCAAACUAGAGAAAAUAUCUCUAAACUUGGAACAAGACAAGAAAAUUAACAUAAAAAAAGAAGUCUCUCGCAAAAAUUCAAGAAUCACUUCAAGGGAGAAGACAAGGGAGCAAGAGAGCAAAGUGAAAGAAGCAAAAAAACUGUGUAAGAAUGAAGAUGAAAACACAAGCACACAAAGGUUUCUCUUAUCCAGCAAGUUUUCUGAGCGUUGUGGUGUUAAAAGCUUUCAGGACAGCUCAGCACUUCGAGGGUCACUACCCUCACAGGCCUCUACAUCUCCAACUUCAAGAACUGCAGUGAAAGAGUGCAAGAGGAAAAGCACUGGAGGAGGCACCUGGAGCAAAGAACUCAUUCAUAAAAUAGUUCAGCAGAAAAAUAAACUCCAUAAGCUCCAUGUGAAAGGUACCAAGAACCUCCAGUUUUCCUUAGUGAUGGAGAGACUGACUCCCACUGUACAGAACCCUGCGUUUGGAGAAUAUGAUUAUGUCUCGGACUCAGAUGAUGAAUGUGAGGCUGUGAAGAUAGCAAGCCAAGGUCGACUAAAUCAAAGCAGUCGGUGUAAAUACACAUACACUAAAGAGUGCAAAUGGCGAGCUAGGAGUGAGAGGGACCAGGCAGCGUGGAGGCAUGAGUCAAAGGAGUGUUUUGAGGUGAAAAAAAGCGAGGAAGUUUCUCUCUUGCCUGAAAAGCACGGUUCUCACCAGAGACUCAAGAGAAGGGGUAACAGGUCAUCCACAAGCAGUGAACUCAGCACACCUGUGAGUGUUUCGAGUGAUAGUAUCAACAGUCCCAAAAGCACUGACCAUAUUGAUUCAGAUUGUGAGAAGAAGACAGACAUGAUAAAGAAAGAGUCUCCAGAGCAGAAAACCCAUGAAAGGUCCUCCCCACAGAAGUUAUGUAAAGAGUCCAGCACACUAGCACUGACAUUCACUAAAUCUGUCAAGAAGAAUAAUACUGACAAUGCCAUCCUUUAUGAUAGCAAGGACAGUACAGAAAAUCCAAAAAAAUAUCACUCAUAUCCAGAAGUUACAGAUCCAGUGUCAUCCUCACAAAAAGCCAAAGACACAAUGAAAAACCUCAUCAAGAAAAAUCAAGAAAGAAGCAGAAAGAAGCAGGUGUCUCACAGAAAAGAAACUGGCACGAUAGUCAGUGCAGACAGAAGCACCCUACAGAGAACCAGCAAUCUGUGCCUCAAAGAAGAACCGACACAGUGCGGCACUACAGACAAUCAGCUGCUAAAGUUUGAUUUAGACACCCCCAGCAUCAACAAAAUAACUGAUUUCAAUAUUGACAGGAAUGCAAAAGGCAAAGGAAGAGAGGGGCCCCAGGCCACACAACCAGAGCUAUCAGACAGUACUACAUUUGAAAAACAGACUGACAGCGUCUGCACAGUGAAAGAGGCUAUUACUUUAGUCAGUGACCUGGACACACACAAGCCUGCAUCACUUUGUGCCUCUUUGAUAGAUGAGGUGUGCCUUUCUACAACUGAAAGCCAAGAUCCUUUGAUACAAAAAGACACGCUCCACCUCAUGCCCUACCCUCUGGAUCAGGAACAGGGGCUUAUGAAAUCCCCCCUUUCAUUUGAUACCUCAUCAAUGUUCGGCGACCUGACAGCAUUUGACAGUGGAAUUUAUUCAGAUAUGCCAGUUCAGAAAGAAGGUUUCCAUUCGAUAGAGAACACAGCUGAUAAAAAAGAAGAACUUGUGUCAUCUUUCUCUCCUUUUCUGGAACAAAGAGAGUGGAACCUUAUAGUUAGCCCAGUGCUACCAGAUGAGAUAUCUCAGUACAAAGGCAACUCUGAGAAAAGAGAUGAAAAGAAAUCAGAUUACAAUCACAUUCCUUUGUCUCUGCCAGAAAAAAUAAUUGAUUAUUCUGCAAAUCUUAACAGCUGUGCAUCAGAGGAUGAGCUAGAGAUAAAGAGAAUAGUGAAUGAGCUUGAAAACCAGCUGCAGACAACUAAGUUGGAAAGCCCACCAGUACUAGCCCAGGAUGUCCCCAAGCAGCUGCAAAUCAGCAAAUUUUCUCCUUUACGUCUGGGUGAUGAUUCAGAGAAUGAAGGCAUCAGUCUGGGUACGAGGUGCCCUGUGCAAACAAUGGAUAUACCAGUGACCAGAAUCCCUUCAGAGCCUUUCACUGAGCCAGGACUCUCAUGGUCCAGCCCGAUCCAAUUUGAGAUAAUGGGUGGACACCACAGUCCCCACAUUCCAACUCACAAUGAACCAGGGGGACUUGAACAUUUCACUGAAAAAGAGGGCGAUACACCAAACUUGAUUGCUACAACUUCACAUAUUGAACACACACAACUCCACCAUGGCCAAAAAUUGGAGAGAAAUGCUAAAAAAGAGACUCCAUUAGAAACAAAGGAAGAUGUUUUAGAACAGAAGAGAUAUACAGAAAACCUCAUGAAAAGCCUGGAAGUGAUUUCAGACUCUAUAUUCAAAAAAGAAUCCAUUAUAUCAGAAUACAAGGAGCCGAAUGUCACUUCUCUCACGAGUCAACAACAUCAAGAAAUUGAAUGUCAGGCAGUUGAUGCAGUUGGGAGAGAAGAUUACAGUAAGAAGGAAGCAGUUACUGGGAAGGAGAAUAUAUUAUCAACUUCAAAUAUCAAUGAGCGGAAGGAUGAUAUUGCAUUCAUUUUGAAUGAGUCACAGUCAUCUCUCUCUAACAGCACUGACCCCACAGUCGAUGGAAGCCAGGCAAUUUCACUGCAACAAAGUGAGCCCUUAGAAAACAAUAAUAGCAUGGCUGAGAAUACAGACACACAAGAGGAGAAUGUCACUGAGAAUAGUAAUUUGAUUGAGUCUGCUCACUGUCCAAGUGUAGUGACACAUGACCCACAUAUAGCUGAGGAGUCCUGUGUGAACAAUAGUGCCGAAGAUAAUGGGAAUCAGGUGUUCAAAAAUGACAGUGAAAGCCAAGAACAUUCAACUACACAAAGCAACUACACAAAGGAAGCAGAGGCAGCGAAGGAAAUCACCGGUCAGCCUGGCAGCCAUCCUUCUUCACCAGCUCUACCUGACCCCGGUCUGGACAUUGGUGAGAAAAUGGCAGAUGUGAUGAAAACAGCACUGCAAGAACAAACCACUAACAACCACAGGAAUCCUGGAGACAUUAGUUCAUCACAUGCCGGUGAACUGAAAGCGGAGCACUCAGAUUUCAUUGAAACAGCAAAACAAGAUCAUUUGACGGGACUUUCUCUGACUGACUGUAGCCCUGCUAAGAUUUACUGUACAAGUCCGGCAACCGAUAUGUCAGUGGAGAUAGUCACCACAGACAAGCCCUGCAGUCCAAUACUAGUGGAGACCAGCACAGAGAUUACUAGUCACUGCUCACCCUUUGGAGACCCACAGUCCAUAGCAGGACAGAGCAAUCUGCUGAUUCUGACACAGUCCGAUGUCAUCAUUGACAAUGAAUCUUGCAAAAUUACUCCAUUCAGUGACUCUUUGAAACCGGAAACAGCUCUUACCUUUGACACCACUCAGAAACAAGAGGAAAUUUUAAAUGUUCGAGACAUCAAAGAACAUCUUCCAGUUGAUUUUAUGGCAAGUCACCAAAACUCACCAGCAAGAGAGGAGGUGGAAGAAAGUCAUUGCUUUUUUCUACACACUGCCCCACCAACCAGUCCUCUUGUAUCAACGUCUCCUCAAACACCCAUACGGAAACUGGACCUAAAAGAUGAUUCGUGUGAGUCACAAAGCAAAUGUAGUAAUACGUCUAUAGAUCAAGGCUCAGUUCAAAAUGUGAAAUCCCCCGUAAAUAAAGAUGAUGAGCAAAGUGUCGGAGAGGCUCUAAACAGCGAUAAGCAAUUGAACACAACAGCUACAGUGGAGUAUUCUUUGAUAAGCCCACCUCACCUGGGCUUGGGCAUCACAGAGUGUAAAAUCCCGAGCUCUAAUGCCACUGUUCAUUCUCCAGUUCCUGUGACCAGCACAGCAGAGCCACCAGAGAUAUCAGAGUGCCUUGAAAAGAAAGAUCCAAUGUACGAUUUCAAGCUCAGCCCUCUGAACUACGACAGCAUCUCAGAUGAAACUCCACAGGUGAAUGAAUAUGACUACAUACCAGUUUCACCAGCCAGUAAACCUGAAGAGAAUCCAGAUAUCAAGCAGAGUCCCAGAGAUGACUGUGAACCAUGUGACCUGAGUGUUAACCCUGCACUGAUGUUCAACAAAAGUGAAACAGACACAGUGGUGUUGUUGAACUCAAGCCCUACAGCUAGCCUGAAUUUACCAGAUGAAUCGCUGGUCCUCCAGCAGAGUAUGAAAUUAAUAUGUUUUUCAUUGGGCCUCCCAGUGAAUAUCAAAAGCACAAAUUCCUCAGCUUCCAAUACAAAGAAAGACUUGGAGAUUAGCCAUGAUCUAAUUGAACCUACUGAGCAUUUGGAUAUUCAUACAGACCUCAAGAAGAAGGUUGAAUCAGUGGAUUUAACCUCUCAAGAUGCUCUUGCUGAUGACAGUACACUUCUUAGAAAAGACAUUUCAGAUGGUCCGCCCACUCCUAAGCCACUUGUCAUCUGUGAAGAUGAACAAAUGCCUCUUCCAUCCGACCGAUCAGAGAAGCAACCAACAAUAGAGACUGGCCAGUGUUCAACAACGCACCAGAUACACAAAGAAAUAUUACAAAAAAGGACACAGAGCAAUGCUCAACAGGGAAAAGUGCUCUGUGAAAUCUGCUUAAUGUGUUUCAGGACUGUGCCAGGGUUAAAGAGACACAAGGCCAUGAAACAUUUGGUCAGGACUGAAAAACUCAUUGGCCCGCAGAACACAACUUCAGACCAUCAGGAGACUAUGCUUAUUUAUGAAGCAUCACAAACUACAGAGAAAGAACAUAAAGAUGAUUCACAGACCUGUUAUCCAAGAAAAAUUGAUAGGCUGCCUGAGACAAGUAGCACUCUCAUAUCUAAAGCAGCAGAGACUGAGUCAGUCCUGGAGAAGAUGGUAACUGAGACAAGCAUGGUGGCAGUCGAUGAAAUAGGCCAUCAAAGCCCCCUGCUGCCAACAAAAGCAAAGAAGAACAACAAAGCUAGAAAGAACAAAAACAGUGAGGUAAACACAAAGCCUGACCCUUUCUCUGAUGAGAUUCUAAAUAUAUUAAAAACGGAUAUUCUUCAAGCCAUAACUCCUGAGUUCAAAAGCAGUGGAUUACAAGGGCACCACAAAUCUACCGAGGAGCAGGUGAACAUCAGUGACAGAACUGUUACUGAAACAGAGGAAUUCCCUCACCCUGUUACUUCAGACUUUGGCUUUGACAAAACACCCCAGCCUCAAGCAAAAGAGACGAAUGUACUUAACGAAACCGUUGAGCUAAGUCAAAUCAUAAGCGUGGAGGAAAUUAAAUGUAAAAGCAAGACAGAAAUGGCAAACAGGGAAGAAUCUACAGAUAAUUAUGAGAAAAGUGCUACAUCUGUAGACAAGGAUAUAAUCAAAGAAUGUGACGACUCCAGACUCAAGACUCUGUGCACUGUGGAAGAGAUGCAUGAAAAAAAAGGACCAGAAGAGAAUCUUGCUCAGGAGAUUGUAAGAAAAGUGUCAGCUGAGAUAAAAUGUGAGGAAAACUGCAGCCCAUCAGACAGGGUACAUUCUCUCUCCUGUUUGAACUCUUCCCCUCUCAGCCCUCCCAGCGUAAGACCCGAUCUGAAGGCCUUACUUGAUGAUGACACCACAUUCUCACAGCUGUUCCCCAGAGAUGAUGAGGCAAAAAGGAAAAAGUGCCCAAGGGUGUACAGCAAAAGAAACAAAAGGCAGAAGCUAUCACCUGACUUGCAUGUGACUCAGGAUUACACUCCUGCAGAGGCCUUCGUGAAAAAUAAAGAUCAGUUUGUGGAAAAGCAAUCAGAGCAGACAUUCACUGACAAUCAGACUAACCACUGUGAAUAUGAGACAAUAUCUAUUGAUGAUGCCAUCAUGUUGAAUAUGUGCCACAACAGCACACUGACUGCUAAUGCCAAGUCAAUGUCAGAUGUUAAACAAAGUGAUCAGGAGGAUGUUCAUGAGAAUGUUAAAGAGCUGAGCAACAACCUCUUGAAUUCACUUGAGAGCACCAUCGAUAAAUCCUUAAUUGAAUGGAGUGGCUCCGGUGACUUCACUGGCUUUGACACGUGCUUGACGGUGACCCCUGACACCAGCACCCGUAAGCCAGAAGUGCCAACCGCACCUUGCCCUCUGCCUCUGUCUGCCGCCCCAUAUCCUGUGGAGCCAUGUGUCGCAGAGAAUGUCCAAACCUUCCACAGUAUAGACAUGCAAAACAUCAACACCACAUUUCAACUUCCUGACAUACAGUUCUUUGAUGCCAAUAAAGAUAUCUCAGUGGCUCCUCCUGUUGCAGCUGCUGAGGUGGAGAACAGAGAUGAUGAAAAAUCCAAGAAAGUAACAGAGCGGCGGGGCAGGAAAUGGCAAGAUGGUGGAAUGAAGGUCAAAGAUAAGCAGUACAAGUGCAAAGUGUGCUUCACUUGGUUCCUCACCCUAGGUGAACUGAACUUUCACAAGUUAUCGCACAACCCCUCUCCACCUCCAACCUGCUACAUGUGUGUCCAGCGCAAAUUCAGCUCCAGGGAGCAACUGAGAGACCAUCUGAGAGAGAAACAUGCCAAAAACAAGACAGGUAUCUGGACCUGUGGAAUGUGCUUGAAGGAGAUAUCGGACGUGUGGAUGUACAAUGAACAUUUACGAGAGCACGCCACUCAGUUUGCCCGGAGAGGUCAGACUCAAGGCUCCAUGUUAGACAUUCCAGGCUGCUUCAUGCAGGAGACAGCUGUGAAGAACUUUAUCACCUCAAUAAUGCAGCACCGCCCCAGCAAAGCCAACAGAGAGGUCAGCAAAGUCCUUAAAGAACAGGAAAAAACUGUUGCUGCAGACAGCGCUGUGGGAGAGGGGAAAACCUCAGAGGGGGCUGAGCCAAAAGUUCACAAAACUAAACACAUCAGUGGAGCAGGUGGGAAGCAGAGCACAUUAACUCCGCUUGAGGUCCUCCACAAAACAGAGACACCUAGAAGUGUUGAGAUGCAUCCCAACUGCAAAGACCCCUCGAGAGAUUGCCACCACUGUGGGAAACAAUUCCCCAAACCAUUCAAACUCCAGAGACAUUUAGUGGUCCACAACUUGGAAAAAAUUUUCCUGUGUCACAAAUGCCCUGUCUCUUAUCAAGAACCCCAGGCGCUUAAAGACCACCUGAAGAGGGCGCAUGAGGAGGUGGACGAGCCAGAUUCAAAACACACUACCCUUUACACAUGCGAACUCUGUGCUGAUGUCAUGCAUGUGAUUAAAAAAUCUUUCAUCUGCAGCACCUGUAACUAUACCUUUUCUAAGAAGGAGCAAUUUGAUCGUCAUAUGGAAAAGCACCUGUCAGGGGGGAACAAAAUUUUCAAAUUCCGAGGUGUUCUCAGACCUGUCAAAACAUCUGUGUCCAAAGAAGAUGAAUGUGAUUUGCCUGCAAGCAAGAAGAGAAGAACCCUCUCUGACAGUCUGCAAGAAAACAGCUCAGACAGUGGCAUUGCUAGUGUAGGCUCAUUGCACCUAAGUCAAACCCCUGAAACACAGUAUACAAAACCCUCAGCGUCCACAGCAGAUGACUUCACACAGACCAUUGCAAAUGAAUAUCACAGUGACACAAGCAAUACAAAUGUGAAAACUGAGGACAUGGCUGAGGACUGCUCUGAGCUAUUCGUAGAGCUGGAGAAAUGCAUUCAUAUGGACUCAGAGUCUGCUGCACCCAAGAAAGAGGAAAUUGACCAAAGUCCCUCACCUAAUCCUGAUGAAGAGGGUAAUGGAAAAUCAAUUAUCGAACCAUGUGACGUGAAAGAGGAGGAUGUGUUAGUCUGCAUUAGAGCAGAGACAACCUCAUGGUCAGCAUCGAACGAGAGCAGCAGCGUGGAGGAGGAGAUUAUUAAAGUUAAGGAAGGCUUCGCUGGAGGUGACACAGUUGAGACUAAAGAAAAAGCAGACUUACUUCCACCUACUGAGGACUGUUUUGUCGGCAUAAGAGAAAAUCAAAUCAUUUCAAAGACACCCGAAUCAGCUCCUAAUGUGACAGACCAGCAGAUGGAUGAUGAGCAGUGGCAUCACACGCCAAAAGCUUCCAAUAACAAUGGCAAACAGCAAACCUUAUCUCAAAGCGCUGAGCAGGAAGGUAGCAGACCAAUGAAGGACAAGGUUUCCCCAGCCAAAACAACUGACAGCACCAAGAACAGCACUACUACCACAGAAUCAACAGCAGUCCUCCACUCCAAGGUUGUCCUCAGUGCUUCAGUCUCAAAUGAGGACAAAGAGUCUCUGAAACCACAGAAGAAGAGGAAAGACAUGAAAUCCACCCACAGCCUGCAAAGGAUUCCCCCUCCAGUCACACAAGAGAACUUUGACUCUAGGGUGAAAAAGAAAUUUCGCCCAAGCAAGUGUGCAAAUCCCUCUCUACAAAGAAAAUCUGAUGGACCCAACGACUACGCUGUGCUGUCCUCAGUACGAGACGACGUUGUGAGCAACAAAAUAGUUUCCAAGUGCAAGACUUCAAACUUGGGUUUGCAGUCAAAAAAAGGUUUGCUUGAUAGCUGUACUCCAAAGAAAGCUGAUAUUGUUAAUCCCCUUAACGGGGAUUAUAAAGUCAAAAAGGGACCUCUGGGGCGGCCUCUGCAUGCCCCUAUUUCUAAAGUGUCUUCAGUUCCCAUGAGCAAUUCUUUGAAUAAAUCUAGGCCAAAGAUAGGGGUUAGGUCAAUGGAAAGCCAUUCCUACCGGACAGCAGAGUCCCAGAACCAUCUCCUAAGUCAGCUGUUUGGCCAAAAACUCACUAGCUUUAAGAUUCCUUUGAGGAAGGACACAUCUGAAUCUAUAAACUGAGCGGGGAUUGAGGGACCUGUGAAUAAGAGAGUGUAAAUUUCACAGUUAUAAAUGUCUGUUUAAGAAAGAAAUUAUGGUGAAUGAGAUUGCACAGCUCUUUUAUGUGAAAUGCUAUCUUUAAAUACUUACAUAGUCACUUUAUGUCUUCUUUGUUCAUGUGUUUUAUCAAACAAAUGUGAGGAAGAAUGGCAGAUAUGAAUUUUGGGUCAAAAAUGAACAUGCAAAAAUUGUUGAAAAUUUUUUCUGCUUUUCCUUUGUUAGAUAUUAUCUGUUUCAGAGAUGAUAUUGCAUUUACUUAAGGGAAAGAAAGAAAGAAUACUUGAAAAUACAGCCAAAUAUGAUCUAAGAAAUGCGUGCUUGUUUUGCAUUGAUAACAUGAUUUUAUCAUUUUAUGUCUUUCUGCAAAAGGACCAAAAGACGUCAGAACUGACCUGGACUAUUGUCAGUGCACCUUUUGUACAAGCUUUCAACAUAUUCAUUUUGGGUUUUUG